AUGGGUUGGGUCAGCGAGGCUCGAGCUCGACAGAGGAUCAAGACACUCACGGUCUGUCAAGGGAUUACCAAUGGGUUGGGGAUCACAUAUGGGUUCGGUCCACGAGGCUCGAGCUCGACAGAGGAUCACGACACUCACCAACUGUCAAGGAUUACCAAUGGGUUCGGUAUCACCAAUGGGUUUGGUAUCACCAAUAGGUUGGGUCAGCGAGGCUCGAGCUCAACAGAGGAUCAAGACACUCACCCCCUGUCAAGUGAUCAAUCGAUCACCAAUGGGUUCGGUCAGCGAGGCUCGAGCUCGACAGAGGAUGAAGACACUCACGUCCUGUCAAGGGAUCACAAAUGGGUUGGCUCGAGCUCGACAAAGGAUCAAAAGACUCACCAACUGUCAAGGGAUCACCAAUGGGUUCGUGGGUUCGGUCAGCAAGGGUCAAGCUCGACACAGGAUCAAGACACUCACGCGCUGUCAAGGGAUCACAAAUGGGUUGGAUCAGCGAGGCUCGAGCUCGACAGAGGAUCAAGAGACUCACGCUCUGUCAAGGAAUCACAAAUGGGUCAGGGAUCACCAAUGGGUUCGGGAUCACAAAUGUGUUGGGGAUCACAAAUGGGUUCGGGAUCACCAAUGGGUUGGGUCAGCGAGGCUCGAGCUCGACAGAAGAUCAAGACACUCACGCGCUGUCAAUGGAUCACAGAUGGGUUCGGGUUCACAAAUGGGUUGUGUCAGCGAGGCUCGAGCUCGACAGAGGAUCAAGAGACUCACGUCCUGUCAAGGGAUCACAAAUGGGUUGAGAUCACCAAUGGGUUCGGGAUCACCAAUGGGUUCGGUCAGCAAGGCUCGAGCUCGACAGAGGAUCAAGAGACUCACGCGCUGUCAAGGGAUAACAAAUGGGUUGGGGAUCACCAAUGGGUUGGGGAUCACAAAUGGGUUGGGGAUCACCAAUGGGUUCGAUCAGAAAUGGGUUCGGGAUCAUCAAUGGGUUGGAUCAAUGAUACCUUAUAUCAGCAUACCAGCGGGGAUGGCCAACAGACGUACUCCCUGCAAGCGACCGUCGAACAUCAAUGA